AUGAAACUCCCGACAGUAUACACAGCUCUCUUCCUCAUAAUCACCCUCGCCACAGCAAAAGAAAAAAUAAGCCUCCAAUGGGCCCUCUGCGAUCCCAGCCCACAGUCAGCGCUCCCAAAACUCGGACUCGGCACGAGCCCCCCUUACAAACAAAAUCCAAUCACCUACUACGACACCCAAACCCCAACCUACAUCUCCUCAAGCCUCAUGUUCCGCACAAAAACAAACAAAGGCCAGCACCUCUCCACCGUAAAGGCAGGCUUCCAUGAUGAGAAAGAAACACUCGACGUACCGGACUUUGUCGAAUGCGCCUGGGUGCGCUACGGUGAUGAGCGCAGCUAUACUUGUGAAAAGCGCUGUCCGUUAGUGGAUGAGUCGACGAUCUGGUGCGACGAGCAGGUUCUGUUUGCUGGGCGGUAUGAGGAUAUUGAUUGGGAUGGGAUGAUUGGCUACGGGCCGUAUCAGAAUGCGAAGUGGAAGGUGAGGAUUGAGGGGUAUAAAACCAAGUUCGAUGAUGUUGUGGCUGGAUCGCUGCAUCUUAUGGAGAUUGAGGCGAAGGUGCCGAUUGAUAAAGGCGAUGAGGCAUAUGAUGUCAUUACGAAGUUUUUGAGGGACCGGGGGGUUGUGCUGUGUGAUAAGCAAGAGGGUAAAACUAAGCGGCUGUUUCGGGCUAUGGGUUAUAUUGACGAAAGAAGUGAACUAUAA